AUGAAGGCACUUGCAUUUGCUGGUAUCGCAGGUGUUGUGAUCCCUCUUAUAGCACCAGAGAUUGUAAGGUUACGAAAUGCCCUUGAGGAUGACCUUGUGCAAAAGUACAACUCAGUAAAUGGCAUCAAAGAUGAAUUGAUGUCACUCACAUAUGAGCUUUCGAGCAUACAAUCAUGGGUGGAAAAGCUCGAGCAAAUCAUCUGGCCAUGCGACGAGAUGCUUGAUUGGUCUCGAAGAGCUACUAAGAUACGGUAUGAAGUGGACCACUACAUCUCUGAGUUCUUAUGUGAGGAGAACUCAUGUACAAGGGAUUUCAUAGUCAGGUAUAUGCUCGUGGAUCAUGUAAAGGACUUGAAGAGAAGAUUGAAAAUGCUUGCUAAGAACUAUAAAAGCAGUAAUUGGGAUCAACUAACAUCUUCAAAUAUGCUUGAUGGAAUGGGCUGCAGAGCUUCAUCUAUCCUAACACAAGACCAUGGAGACCUUCUCGGUUGUCAGGGGCAGCUCAAUCACCUCAUUGGCCUCUUGCAGAUUCCAAAAUCUCCUGACAGCCUCAAGGUUAUCACCAUUGUAGGCAGUGUUGGUUCAGGAAAAACAGCUUUAGCACUAGAAGCAUUCAACUCAAUCGGCAACGAGUUUGAGAGCAGGGCAUCAAUAUGUGUCUCUGGUUGCGUUGAUACUAGAAGCUUACUCAAGGAUAUCUGUAUGCAAGUUGGUGCUGUGGAUCUAUUGUCUGGUGAACUUUAA